GGACUGGCUCGCAGUCAGGAAACGAAACGUUUAACAACCAUCCCCAAGGUUUACAUCAAGGGCUUUUGGUUCACGUUCAUCUGUUGCUUUUCUGCACCUUUAUGCACAUUUAGAGCAACUUCGGUGCUUCGGGCUAAUCUGCAGCACGUUCUAAUCUCAGUUUUUUUUUUUUUUUUUACCUCUUUUGUCGUUUGUAUACAUUAACAGACACGCCCUCUGGGGUUACGGAGGGUAUAGAGUUACAAUAGAAUUCCUGUUUUUUUAAAUUGAGUUAGCAAGAAAAAUAAAAUGGCCUAUCAAGGAUACGGUGCUCCUCCCGGUGGAUUCCCAGGAAUGCCACAGCAGGAUCCUCUCUAUGGAUAUUUUUCAGCAGUUGCUGGACAGGAUGGACAGAUCUCAGCAGACGAGCUCCAGCAGUGCCUCACACAGUCUGGCAUGUCUGGAUCAUACAAACCCUUCAGCCUGGAGGCAUGCAGACUGAUGAUCAACAUGCUGGAUAGGGACAUGACCGGCACCAUGGGCUUCCACGAGUUCAAGGAGUUAACCCAGGUCCUGAACGGCUGGAAGGCGACCUUCACUUCUUACGACCGUGACCACAGUGGGUCGGUAGAGGGCCACGAGCUGCAGCAGGCCAUCUCCACCAUGGGCUACAAUCUGAGCCCUCAGGCCAUGAACUGCAUCAUGAAGCGCUACAGCAUCAACGGCAGGAUCCAGUUUGAUGAAUUCGUGAGCUGUUGCGUGAGACUCCGGGCCCUGACUGAUCAGUUCCGAAGGAGGGACACCAGCCACUCUGGCAACGCUACAUUUCAGUAUGAUGAUUUUAUCCAGGUCACCAUGAGCAUAUGAAGAGGACGAGACUGACCAGAAGGGAACAACGCACCUUUUAACUCUGGCUCACAGUAUAUACUCUCUGUGUACUUUUACUCAUUCUCAUGCAUAUCAAGUCAUAAUGUCACAUUCCAUUUUAACAGAAGCUUUUUUUUUUUAAGUAAUGCAUGUUUUCACAAACUAACAAGAAUAUAGUAACCUCAAGCUGUACCAAUGUCAAACACUCGAGUGCCUGAAAACUGGAACCUAUUAUUAUCGUCAUCGCUCCUACAUCUAUAGCUCUUUACCACACAGGUAACCAUGGUAGCGUGUAGUGUCAACCACUAUAGGAGUAUAAACUCGUAUGAAAUUAACCAACAACCACUAUAUUGACCAUGACCACCAUGAGAGUGGAUAUGAACUUGUUUGAAAGUUAAUAAACAACCACUGUAUUGAAAA